CGGGUUGCUUCCCUGUCUGAGUCUCCGACGCGCCUUGUCACCGUGGUACCUGUUCCUGCCGCUGGCCGCUGACACUGGCCAUCAGGGAGCACCUGAGGGGGAGGAAUGGGAAAAUCCGGAUGGGGGGCCCCCGCGCAGAGGGGGGGAAAUUCCAACAGCACGUGGGCGCGGUGUCGGAGGGUCUGAAUUAGCCUCAGGGAUGGAUGAGCCCGCUUGCACCGGGACCAGGCUGAGCCCCCCGUGCAAGGCUGUGCGUGGGGAUCCCGGAAACCACUCUGGACUUACUCUGGAGGCUUGGAUGCGCUCAGAAGUGCCAUGUACAGACGGUCUUCCAUACGGGCAACGGUGCUUCCCGGAUCCUGGGGAUACACGUUCCUGACGGUCGCUCACGUCAAAGCCCCCGGCAAGCAAGUGCAGAUCUGCCGGCCGGCCUGGGUAGCAGGUGUCUCUGGGGACGACGACGUGGUGACGGAGCGCGUCCGCGUCUGGUGACAACCGAGAGAAGACGGGAAAGUUGGGUAGGCAGUGGACGCAAAGGAGGGCAGUGCUAUGUGGUCACCAUUCAUUGGAGACACGCAGCCCGGGCGGAUCCAGGUUGGCAGGAGGGAUGUGAGUAGUGUCGAGCAGUGGGCACGGGGUCCCCCUUUUGGGGGGUCGAGGACGCCCCGGCUCAGGUGGGGAGGAUGCCUGAACGUUGCCGAUGCGCGAAAUGCUGUGGAACCGUAGGCGUUGAAAGGGUGGAUUUUAUACCGUCUGUGUUUUGCCUGUUUUUAAAAAUCAAGGCAAAGAUAAACUCAAGGAAGCACGGGAUCCUACCCCCCUGCCCCGCCGGAUGGCGUUUUCCCAUCCGGUGGAGUGAGGCCGGCAGGAGCUGCCCCCCAGGACGGGCGUGAGCGGGGAAACCAGGAACCCUGUGGGAGGUGCCUACGCUCACCACACCAGGCACCUGAGACAUCACGGCACCAAUGACUUCACGCUUCACCGCAAUGUCCUCCACGGGGACUGUCGGCAUCGUCGGCCAAGAGCCGCACAACGUGACUAACCAUCUAGUCAAAAGAGCAACCCUCCCGUGGGUCCCCUGCCCGCCACCCUUGGGGCUUCCUCGUCCUCCCAGCCGCCCCCUGGGACCCUUGGCCAUGACCAUCCUGUUCUGCAUGCUGCUGGACCCAGCGUUACCCCUGACUCAGGAGCACCAGGAUGUUCCAACCACGGAAUGGGUCCCCAGUCUAAAUAUGAAGUUUGACCCAAGGACAAUGGAACUGAGUUGGGACUGCAAAGAAAACACUACCUACCUCGAAUGUGUGAUGAUCCACAAGGAGAAAGGAGAGAUCAGAAAAAAGCCCAAGAACAAAGACUGUCACUGCAACUUUUCCCAUGAUUCUCUUCAUGGGGGAAUCACGUUCGUGGUUAAAGUAAAUAGCACCCAAGGACCGAUUCCAGAAAAACUGGUCUACGCUAACCCAGGCGGCGAGGGCACCGCUGCCCAAAACUUCUCCUGUUUUAUCUACAACGUGAACUUCAUGAACUGCACUUGGGCGAAAGGUUGGGCUGCGCCUGAUGACGUCCAAUAUUUCUUGUACAUACAAGACUUUAAGGAAAAAAGGGAAAGAGAGUGUCCUCAUUACGUGACGGACUCAGGAACCCACGUCGGAUGUCACCUGCACGAUCUGUCGGGAUUAACGUUCCGCAAUUACUUCCUGGUGAACGGCACCAGCCGAGAGACGGCGGUCCAGUUUUUUGAUACGAUUUUGUCCUUGAAAAACAUAGAAAUAUACAGCCCGCCCAACAACGUCAGCGUCGACUGCAACCCGUCCCACUGCCAGAUCCUCUGGGACCCGCCCAGGACCCGACACCCCUCGUCCGCCUGGGACUUCAAGUACCAGCUGCGCAUCCAGAAACAGGACAACAAGGAACACGCCGGAAAUCAACUGAUCGACGUGACCGGCAAAUCGGAAAAUAAAUACAACUUCCCGAGUCCAGAGCCCAGACCCAAGCACACUGUGACGAUACGGGCCUCAGACGCACGGGGACAGCAGUGGAGUGCCUGGAGCCAGCCCGUGGAAUUCGGCUCCACACAAGCCACAGCCAGCUUUGUGCAUGUCUAUGUGCUCGUGGUCCUGGGGACCUUCGUCUGUGCCCUGAUUCUCAGCUGCUUUGUGAAAAGGUUGUUUGCAUCAGAGACCUUAUUCCCACGGAUUCCGCACAUCAAGGAUAAAUGGAGUGAGAACGUUCACACUGACCACCAGAUCAUCUGGGAGAAAUCCACCCCGGAUACAGGAAAGAUCGACCAUGAAGAGAUCCUAACCGUGGAGGAAGUCACCGUCGCCCCGGAGAGCGUGUGAACCACAAAGUUGCUUCCAGCCCCGGAAUGUUCUGGAAGCCGUUUUGUCUUUUCAUUGUUUGAACACUUAUUUAUACGGUGCUCUAUUUUUUUACUUUAAAACAACGUGGUCUUUUGCAAGGA